GGCAACAGAUACAGCAAAACUUUUUGACUAUUUUAAUUAUAUUACAAGAACCGUCUAAUUAUAAUUUUACUCAAAACGACAAGUCAGUUCGAACUUGUUGAAAUCUAAUUUGACGCAAUUUAUCUUAUUACCGUGAUAUCAGGACAUUCAUUGUUUAGACAGAUCACCAGAUAGAGUCUUAAAAGUGACGCUUAAUUAGUACUAACUAUGUCUCAGGAAUCUGUGACGGAGAUUGUGCCUAAUACCACACAUCUUUAUGACACGUACGACUAUUUCAUUCAUCCUCACUGGAAACGGUUUCCUCCUGUGUCUGACUCUUGGCACAUUUUCGACGGCUUAUUUAUCGGCGUCGUCGGAAUCACUGGCGUCAUCGGUAACAUCCUAGUAAUCUGGAUGUUUACAACUAACAAAAAGCUGAAAACGCCAUCUAAUAUGUUGAUAGUCAACCUGGCUCUUAGUGAUCUCACGUUUUCUGCAAUCAAUGGCUUUCCUCUUAAAUCCAUCUCCGCCUUCAGUAAAAAGUGGGUAUUUGGAAUGGUUGCCUGCGAACUUUACGGUCUUAUCGGCGGCAUAUUCGGCUUCAUGUCCAUAGGAACAUUGGCAGCCAUUUCAAUUGACCGCUUUAUAUGCAUAACAAAACCCCUACAGGCUGCACGGAUUAUGACACGUAAAAAAGCCUUUAUCAUGAUUGUUAUCGUUUGGAUAUGGUCGAUGAUGUGGUCCAUUCCACCAUUAUUUGGAUUUGGGGCUUAUAUCCCAGAAGGAUUUCAAACGUCGUGUACUUUCGAUUACAUAACAAAGACAGACACUAAUCGAUACUUCAUCAUAGGGAUGUAUGUGUUCGGGUUUUUGACACCCUGUAUGAUCAUCAUUGGGUGUUACAUCAUGAUAUUGAGGGCUAUUAAAGCACACGGCAAAGAGAUGAAGCGCAUGGCAGACAAACUCAAUGCUGAAGAAGCGGACAAAAAUAAGAAGGCGAAGGCCGAAAUGAAGAUUGCUAAAAUAGCCUUGAUGUUAAUAUCACUCUUCAUUCUUUCAUGGUGCCCGUAUGCCACGAUUGCAUUAGUAGCACAGUUUGGAUCAGCCGAUUUCGUAACGCCUUUAAUGAGUGAAUUACCAGUACUUCUGGCAAAAACAUCCGCCAUGCACAAUCCUCUGGUCUAUGCACUCAGUCAUCCUCGGUUCCGCGCUGCAUUAGCAGAAAAAGCUCCCUGCUUCAUGACAUGCUGUCCGCUUGAGACGACCCAGACCUCCACUAUAAGUCGACGAGUGGCAGGACGUACCGCAAGCCAGAGCAGCGUGACCAGUUGCGCAACAAAUCUAAGCGAUUGCCAGGGAGGCAUUCAAAUGCAACCGACACCAACAAGUACGGUCAAUCAUGGCGAUCUUGUCAAAGAUUUGGUUGGCGCUCUCGUCAACAUGGCGACACAGAAUGCUUCCCAUAUCAUACAACCUGUCUAUCUCCCCAACGGAACAGUUCCCAGCAACGGGGCCGGAGUUGUUCCUGCCCCUCAGGUAAACGUCAUAUCCGGCCAGGGACAUCAAAAUGCUGCAUUUGUUCACGACACAGAGACUGCGGAUUCAGGAAAGGCAAACAUUGAAACUAAGCAAGAGAACGUUGCUUCAAAAGACGCAGCAAAAGCAUGAUGGAAUUGCGAUCUAUACACUGAAAAGACCAUUAACAUAGUAAAGUUCAUUGUUUGAGACUGAGGUCUGGUCUUUGGACGAUACAUGGCACGGUGUUAUAAUCGUACUACGAUAUUUGAAAGUGUUGCAUAUUACAACUCAUAUACGGAAGACCAUUUUCUAUCUUUACACCUGAUCAAGAAGAGCAUCAUGUUCCGGAUGAUUUCCGUUGGAUCUUUAUGUUAACAAAGUAAAAAAAUUGGUUAAGCAACAACUUUGGAUGGAAAAACAUAUUGGUUGAUAUGAUUAUUAUAUCGGUAUGUUAAGACACGCCGUCGUAAACAAUGAGGUUCGGCCGACCGCUCGAUAUUAGGAUAACAGAAAGAGAGCAAAGCAUGUGUAUAUAAUACAGUAAUAUGUUAUUCCUCUACAGGACAAAGUUGUAAUAACAGCUUCA